AUUACAACUCAGCGUCCCUGUGUCGUGGUCGUGAUGGCUCGGAAGAUGCAGGGUUUUUGAUACUACCAGUACCACGUGCAUGUGGACGUGCUUGAUGUUGUUCUUUUUCUUGGAGUAGAUUCUUACCGAACUUUCGCGCGCAACCAAGGCUCUCCUUCUCCACGCUCCAGCCCGCUGUCUGGAGGUUGGAUACUUCCCUCCACAGGUGGAAAAUCAAUACGGCGCUGUAUUCCCGGGUAGAAUUAUCGCAGGCAGGCGCGGAACUCCCGUCUCCCUAAAGCGACAAGAUGAACAUUCCGGGCGAGCAGGAGUAGCGUCUUUCUAAACAAGUAACUCGCGGCAGAGGAGAAGCUCUACGUCAUCUUUGAACCCACGUGGUCCACGACCGGGAGGAGGAUUGCAGCUACAGCUCCCGCAUUCUUUCUACCGCACUUUGACACCAAACGAUAGAUAGAUAGAAACGGCAAGAACAUCAUGUCUUCCCCCAGCAGCAAAAAAACGCAGGCCGAGUGGAUUGCAGCGGGGCUGGACCUCUUUCGCGACUACUACAUCGGCGUGCUGCAGAAAGUCCUUUCGCAAAGAACUCGUAAAGCAGGAGAUGUUGAUGUUGGGGCUUCUUCUAGUACAGCAAACGCGCCGACGAGCACCAAGAGCCCGACACCGAAGGAGGCACUGCAGGCGGAGCGGGGAUUGUUUGGCAUGAACGCGCUGCAAAGGUCCAUCAACAAGGGCGAAAAAAUCCUUUCGGCGUCGGACGAUAGCGCAACAGCUCCUGUGCCAGCCAUUGCGGCGGAUGACGCAGCAGCGCUCUGGUCCACCGAACCCCUGGCCAAAUAUUUUCCGUCCACCGCUAGUGCGUCCACCCGGACCCAGAAGACCGCAGGCAGCACCGGCGCAAAGCAGACCGCGAACAACUUCGCGCUGCACCAAUUGACCACCCAAACCGAGGAUCUGCCGCUGUGGCAUUUGCUGCAGCUGGAAAGGCUGAAUAGAAAAGAUGCACCUGGGAUGUUGAAUAAAGCAACUUCAGGCGGUCGUACUACCGGGCCAGCCCCCGUGACCAGUCGGGACGUGCUCAAGUUGGUCGACAAAGUGUGCGAGGAAGUGCUGUAUUUACGCAUUGCGGACUUUCUCCUGCGCGAAUUCACCGACGCUGGUAUAGAGGAUCCGCUGACGCUGUUUUCGAAAAACGACGACACCUUGUACCUCCCUCCGGACCCGGCAAAGCAGGACAAGGCCACGCGGCCCCUGUACCGAGCGGCGCGAAAAAGCAAAAUACAGAUCGCACAAAACGCACUGUGGGCACUCGGUAUAUCAAAUGCUUUUGGAAUGGUGCCUAUUGUUAUUUCAUUUCACAUUCGUACGGCUUCUCAACGACCUUCUGCUUGAUAUCGUGAAUCUCGAGAAGGAAUACAAGCAACCAUCAGAUUCAGAUACCACCUGCAGCUGCGUGCCGUAUGCGUAUGCAUGACUUCGUUCUCAGCAUGAUGAUGAUGAUGAUGAUUGUCAACAGACGCUUAAUUGCGUGCUUUUCGUGUCGCUUUGCAAAGAAUCAAUCACCGAUGAAGAAAUGAACCACCGACCUGAAAUAAAUCUGAUUCUCCACCACUACAUCUACAGCAAUCUAUGCGGAUUCCCUGGAGGAGGACAAGAAGAAGUCCUCACCUGCGGACACUGCCGGCGCUGCAACACCUACUUCACCUGCCGCCACAACGUCGUCGACCAGCAAGUGCUACCGCAUCGAUUUUUCCUCCCGUUUGGUGUUCAACCCGAAGACCGCGCAGAACUGCUUUUUCAUUCCCGCCGAGAUGCGGCUGGUCGCCGAAAUUCAGCAAGUCCUGGCCGGCGGAGGCUCAUCUUCUGCAGCUGGAAAUUCCAAUAACCUGACGCCAAAUGCUGGCAAUAGCUUACUCUACAAAAUAAAACCCGUCUUGUUCAGUCUUUCGAUCUCGAAGAAAUAUCAAGUGUCAAAAUGUCUGGGUCUGGAAGAUUGCGAGAUUUGUCAUGCAUAUUUCGGAUCACGCAAAGGCAAAUGGCGUCUGAUGCAGGCAAAAGCAUCACAGGUUUUGAGCACGCCUCAUGAUGCCUCUCCCGCAUGAGAAACUUCCUUCUUGCGUGCCAAGAAAUGGACAGCUUUUGGCGCUCAUGCAUGACAAAUUUUUGUGUGUUCCAGAGGUUGCGUCACAAGUUCCAACCCUUCCAGACCCAGACAUUUUUACAUUUGAUAAGAAAGACCAGUCAACCAUCGUGCAGCAGGAGCAAACUUACUUCGGAGCGGACCAGGUAAUAUCCUCUGGAGGGCAACAGCUCGUUCAAGCUUCUACUGGAAUAAACUACGGCAAUAAUUCAUCAGACGACCUGUACGGAAGCUUAGCUGCGACCAAUUCCAGUGCCGUGACGAACAUAAUCAAAAGCGGAUCCGCUCAGCAAUACAACUUUACUUUCGGUGGAACCAACUUGUUGGGAGGCACUGCUGGAGGAGAGAACGUAGUUGAGGAGCAGCAGUCCACCCAGCAGGGAGUUAUUGUUGCAGGAGGUGGUCCUCCACCUGGCAGUACAAAUGCGGCCCAGAUGAACCGGCAGCUCGUGCAAGCCGGAGGACAACAAGCCGCAUCCAACCAGAACGACUUGGCCGAGCCGGAGCUUCCCCACGAUUCUUCUUUCGUGGAACCAGCAACAGAGAUCGCUGCUGGUGCUCCUGCUGUCGUGGGAGGAACCUCUACAAGUGCCGAAGCCGCAAAGAAUUACAAGGCGAUGCGGUUCCAAAGUGCCGUCAGUCAGGAUUUCGGUGCAUUGCAGCAGGAACAGGUUCUUGCAACCAGCACACAGCAAGCGGGAGUUGCUGCACAACUCCCUGUCGCAUCAAUAAAGCCGGUGGCUGUCGCGGCCAUUGAGGUCCCUACGAUCAAACUAGACACAGUAGAUGGUGCAACCGGUGCGUCGACAGUAGAUGCGAAGGAGGCCGGCACCAGCGGCGCCCAGCUGAACCUCGAUAAGCUUUCGAACGAUUUGCUGUCGACUAUGGAGAAAGAAAAAGCUGGGGCCGCGCGGAAGAAUUAUAGUACGCAGGGCGGUUUUGCAGGAGGACGAGGAGCAUCAAGUUCUUUCUUCGCCCCCCGCGGACGAAGUAGAGGACGCAGUCGCAGUAGGUCUGUACAAGAACUUCUCGGGGCAGAGGGAGAUGAAAAUCAAAAUUCUUCUAAACUCGAAGAAGAGAAGUCCUCUUCGAAAACAAGGGCGAUGAACAAGAGGCAGCGAAAGCGGUUGACGCAGUCCAAAACCCGGUCCAUGGACUCCCCGGUGAUUAUCCCGUUGACGAAGGACCGGCAGCGGUACAGCACGGAUGUGAAAGAUGUGACCGUCGCUGAAAACACCCAGCACGCCAUUCUCACGCAGCAACAGCGGCUGGCGCGGAUAUCAAAAGGAAAAAUCCCCCCUCCCCAUAUCGAAACGAAGUUUCUGAUGCUGGAUUUCCGUACAGAAGUCAGAUUUGUCUUGCAGUAGAGGACUGCAGGCAUAUGUCAAGCCUCAGUCGCGAGGUUUUGACGUAGGCGCCUAGCAUGGCAAACGUGUACGCCCUAAGCCCAACAGCAUCACAAACCGCCUGCAAAAUGCGGGGCGCUCUCUGGACUUGCCUUCUUGCAAAACAGACAGGACUUGAAGUAACAAAUGCGCAUCACAAAUUCUCAGACGGAUACGUUUUCAAUAUGGGGAGGGGGGAUUUUUCCUUACGAUAGCGAAAGAAGGAAACCCUGCAGCACAUGGACCGGUAUGAAAUGCAAAAAUGUCUGGGUCUGGAAACUUGUGAUGCAAGUCAGUCAAUAUACAAAUGCACUGUAAUGCGCCGCCAAGCAUGACAAGUUGCUUCGUGCUUCUGUGCUGCGUAUUCCGCAUGAGAAACUGCAUUUUUGCAUGACAGGCGAGAGAGGCUGUUUGUGGCCACGCAAUACAGAUUUAAGGGCCAUGCCAGAUCAGCAUGCCAAAUUGCGCAUCCUUCCAGACCCAGACUUUUUUGCAUUUGAUAACCGGUUUUUCCAAAUUGUGGACCACAUGGAACUGCUUUUUGAGAGGAGCAUCGACCACUUGAAGGAGGACAGAGACGCGGAAAUAAAUAAUAGUACAAAAGGAACAGCAGAAGUGUCAGCAGACGGUAAUACUAAACCUGGUUCUAGCAUGGCAAUGUCUCCUCGCCUCGCUGCCGCUGAUGGAGAUAAUUCUGCGGCAAUAACAGACCUCCGAAUUACUACAGAUCAGGCACAACUCACGACUACCGGUGACGCGGACCUGGAUAAAGAGUUGUCCGCGGAGUUGGCUGCGUUGAGUACAAAUAUUAAAGCUGAUCCGCGGAGAAGGACCCUGAAUGAAGAGGAGAAAUUGUUGAAACAGGCGGCGGCAGAGGUUUCCGUAUCAAAUGUAAAAAUGUCUGGGUCUGGAAACUUGUGAUGCUGGGUGGCGUCUCAUGAUGAGGCUAAAAAUCAAAAUGCUGGCUCAGCAUGACAAGUUUCUGAGCUCCUAGGUGUUGCCUAUUCUGCAUGACAAACUGCGCUUCUGCAUCACAGAAAACGAAAAGCGGAGCUCUUGGAUGACGUGCAUGACAGAUUUAAGAGUCAUGCCAGACAAGCAUGACAAACAUGAAUUCUUCCAGACCCAGACAUUUUUACACUUGAUAUUCUGCGGUGAAUUAUAACUUAGCUGAUGAAGACAUUAGCGUGAUGAACGUGAACACGAACACGGAUACCGACGUGGACACAGCGACCCGGAUGACCGCGACAGCAGGUGCUGCCACAACCGUCGAGUUGGGGAUAAUCGACGAAGAGGAAACUACAGAUCCCCGCUAUCGUGCCUUCUUGAAAGGUACUAGUAGUGCUAAAUCUUCAGGUCCCCUGCUUUUUGGCCGGCCGUUUCAGGAGGAACAGCCCUAUCGCGACAAGCGAGAGCUCUUUCUGUCCGCUGCGCAACAGCGUAGCGAAUCGCAGAAACGAAAGAUGAUGGCGUUGGGCGGGCAUUUACCGUGGACGAGUGCACAGGAUGCGGAAAGCACUAGCCCCUCUUCUGCAGAAAGCAGUGCCCGAGAGGACGGUGGACUGGGUCUUGAUGGAAAUAUUAAGAACAGUUCUUCUCCGAAAUCGGUAAAGAAGUCGGCACCUCCGAUCGUGACGACACUAACCCUGCAGCAAACACCGCAGUCCACCACACGCACGCUGGUCGAUCGGACCCGCGCGCCGAUGCUGACCAACACGAACGUGAAUCAAAAAUUCGUCAACAAGCGCGGGCAGUUGACAGUGAAUCGACCGACCACCACCUGGCUGCUGCGACGGGAAGCGAACAAGUACGACGCUGGGGCGUUUGUCGGAUCCAAGACCUUUCAGAAAAGCUCGCUGAGUUUGACGAAGGAGCGGCGCGACCGGGAUCGAGAGGACCUUCGGAAGUUUCAAGUGUUUCAGAAAAACUGGCGGCAGGUACGGCAAUCGCAGGUCGGGAACGUGGUGGAUGACCUAGAGAAGAUGCGGGACUUGGCAAAAGGGAUCGUCAACGAAGACGAAGUGCGAAGCGUCGUGAGCAGGACGUCGCAACAUCAAGCCGGUACUAGUACUGUGGAACAAGAUAAUGCAGCAGCGCCAGCAGAUGAGGGUGUUGAUGUUCAGAAUCAGAUUGGUCAACAAGAACGGUCUCCGAGCAAACUUCUCAGGACAGAGGUAGCGACCCCCGGAGGUACAACAGCGGGUGCGGCUCCUUUUGGUGAAAUUAACAAGCCCACGACGAGUAUCCUGAGUAAAAACGUACCCACACCAGAGUUGUAAUGCAAAUCUGCAUGCCAAAAAAGUUUCUCAUGCUGAGCCCCAUGAAAGGCAUUUUCUGAUCGUGUUUCGGGAUUUGUGAUGCUAUAAUCAGCAUGAUAUGCUAGACCUGUGAUGCUGCUGAACCACCUAAACAGGAUUACAUUACAAGGACAAACUUGUCAUGCGAAACAGCCAAAGCUGGUUAAUUUGUCUAGCAGAUUUACCACCUUGACUCUGGUGUGGGUACGUUUUUACUCAGGAUAACGAGAACUACCCUGGCGGCCCAGGCCCGGUCCAACAGUCCGGAGCUCGUGCGCCGACAGGUAAUUGAUUUGGCAGCAGCAAGUUAUGCAUUGCAAAAAUGUCUUUAUCUGGGUCUGGAAGGUUGCAACUUGUAAUGCUAAUUCUGGAUCAUGCAAAAUAAAAAUGAAAUCUGUGUUGCAUGAGUGCCACAAGCCGUCCACUUUUGACCAAGUUGAGAGGAAGUUUCUCAUGCAUGAUAGGCAUGAUACGGAUCUCGCAGAACAACCUGUCAUGCUAGGUCCUGCAUUCCAGACGACAUGGAUCAUGGAAACUCUGCAUGACAAACCUGGCAAUCAUCUUCCAGAUCCAGACCCAGACACUUUGGCAUUUGAUACAAGUGCUGGCAGUACAACUUCUAUGGCGAAUAGCCUGCAGCCGCCAAUAAUUAUGAAGCAAGCCUUCGUUCAAAAAGAAAAUUUCAUCGGGGUGUGCGAGGUGCAGCCUCGCGCCGUGCGGAACGGCAGUCUCCAGCGGAUUCGAAAACUGGAAGAAGCGCUGAGACGACAGAAAUUCCUGCUCGAAUCGGGGUCCGUCUUACAGGAGGAGAGGGAGGAGGAAGAUAUUUCGACUUCUGGUGGACCACCUUCUCGAGCCGCUGCGGGGCUAAAGCAGAUCGAGGUGGAGAAGUACUUUCAGAACUUGCGAGGGAGCGGUAAGAUUCAGGGAUUAGAGCAGUCACUUCCGACAAUGGAACAGCAGCAGCAGCAGCAGCCAGCGCGGGGCCGGGGCCGGAACCGCAGGAAUCUGCUGAUGUCAUCUUCUGGUGCUAGUAAGAAGCCUGCCAAUGCUUCGUCCCAAAGACGCGCACUGAAGGACAGUGAAACAGUCGUGAACGGCGUUUUGGCGUUGACAUCAGCUUCAGUUGCCGAACAAGAUGACCAGAGAACCGAAAGCCAAGAAGCGAAUCUUCCUGCUGCAACAGAAACUACUACAUCCGCACAACAACAAAAUCGCAGCAAGUCUCCCGGCGGCGCAGCUCCAGCUGCUCUUGCGGAAAGAACCAAAAAUAACCGCGGUCGUGGUGGUCCUGCGUCAUUGUACAGUAAAAGCCGGAGUCGCAGCCCCUCUGGAGGCGCUGCGGAGACUCGCUUGGACUCGUCUCCGGAGGAGGAAAAUUACAAAUUCCUCUUGGCCAUGAAAGAGGUCGCGGGGCUCCUCGAUCAGGUGGAAACCAGCCAGCAAACCCAUGUCGCCCAGAUGUUGGCACAGGCCGCGCGCUCGAAGGACAGCGAGGAGGAGAGCCUGUCGCGCGACCCGCGCGGCCGCAGCUACCAGGGACGCUUAACCGACCCGAGCCGGGACCUACCCCUCCCGCGCCGCCUGCGCCCCCGCAGCUACACGCCGGGAGAGUCGUUGGCGAGACGGGCGGCAAAGCACGCAGAAGCGGAGGAAAAGCGGAACGAGCGGGCCCGGAACGCGCCCCACCCGAAGGUGGUGCGGGCUGGGGGCAAUCCGACGGCAAGAAAGUUCGCAAACGGUCUGAGAGGAGGCGAUGAUAGUGGCAACAGUACUACGAGCCCGUUGCAGCAAAUGAAAGUCCGAAAGGAGGGAAGCGGCACAGCAGAAGUUGCGGAAGAGCAAGGAGCAGCUGCGGCCGGGGUCGCGGACGACGACGCAUCAGAAGAUGCAAGGCGCACCUCGAAGCGAAACAGCAUCACGAGCUUCAAUGCAGACGAGAUGAAUGAAGGGGGUGAUAAAAAUGCUUCUGGUUCUGCGGCAGCAAACGCAACCAACACAACUGUGGAGGCGAAAUCGCAGAAGUAUUUCCGGCCGAUUCAGUUCUACUCCCCGGUGUCCUACUCGAACCGCAGUCGCAGCGUGUCUAGCAACGGGUCGCUCUACCGUCCGCGGUCCGCGUCCGAGGAAAGUCGAAGGUUCGUACAGAACUUGUCCAAAUUGCAGUUGCGCAGCCCCACGUCGAGCGGGUCGAGCCGGAGUUACUUCGAGAAUUCUGUUGUAGUUCGGAGGAAUUAUGAUCCCCGGAAAGUAGAAAGGGGUCUUCAGGACGACCAGGUUGUAGGUCGUAACGAACGGCGUGACGAACAGCAUGAAGUAGACAACGUCGUGAUGCAUAAGAAGGGCGGCAUCGCAACGAUCUCCUCUCCGAUGGGCGCCGGACGAAGGAGUACUAGCCCACAUCAUGGGACGAGGGCCACGACUUCUCGCAGCACUGCUGUUCGAGGUGUAGGUGGACAAGCUGGACCGAAAAGACGAAGUAGAAAUUCGAACCUUGUAGCAACCAAAGCAGGGACAACUGCAACAUCAACGUCUGGUGGAUCUGGUGCAAAAACAAGUACAAGUAGUAAGCCCAAGCCGCCCUCGGCCUCGCCGUACCUGCUGUAUUACCAAGAAACCCCGACGGACAACUACUCGGACGAGGAGAAUGACGGUUUGGAACAAGCCGCGAAGCAGCAGUUCUUGUCGAAUAACACCUCCCGCUCCAAAACAAGUUUGGAUUUCGGGGCCGGGAUUAAAACUGCAAACGAUGAUCUUCCAGAUGAUCUUCAAGUAGAAGAUGAAGUGCAUGUUGAUGUCGGCCUGCAAGACAGAUCAACACACGAUGAGCUUCUCCUCAAUGCACUCGACAAUCUGGAUGCUUCCUGUGCGUCAGUACGGCAAUUGAGUCACGAUUAUUUUCUUGCGGCUUCGAAUUACAGCGUCUCUGCUUGCUGUUCGCGAUCAAGUUCUCGCCACUUCGCGAAUUCUACUGCGCACUCGAAAAGUUCCUCCGUUCUUGUGCUGAAUAACGAUUCAAAGAAGUCUUCUUCGGCAGAAGAAGUAGGAGUAGAACAAUCUUCUUCGACUACGUCGGCGCUGAGCCUCACGAGGCGUGGCUCUUCGAGGGACAGUAGUGCGGGGCAAGUGCAUCUGAGUGCAGCUGCAACAGAAGCUGUGACUGCUCAAGGGCAACAAGGGGCAGUUGCUGAUGAUUUUUCAUCGCAGCAAGUAGAGGUCGCUUUGGCGGAAGGAGAAGACGAAGACCACGACGACGAUUCUCCCUCCUCCCUUCUCUCCUCCCCUUCUUCACUGUCUCCCAGCGUCAAAAAUAACCUGUUUCUGUACUACGGAGAAGAGAGCGAGAGCGCGCAGGCACAGCAAGACCAAAUGGAUGAGAAGAGCAAACGAAAAAACGCACGGAACAGCAGAAGGAAUGCACGGGAAAAAACACCACUGGAUCAUGAACAACAAGUAGAUGGGGAGAAAACGCUUAUGCAAGAGGAAAAGCAGGAACCGGAAGAGCAGGAGAUCUUUCUGUUCAUGCCGCCCACCCCGGUCGUGGAACAGGAAUACACGGCUGACCAAAUAGACGUCGAGGAAGAACAUCCAAAUGAUCCUUACUACUACGAGAACCAAGACUACGAAAAUUACGAACAGGAUCAGGACCAACAGGACGGCAACGUUUCCGAGGACCAUUUUGAGCACAUGAAGAACCACCUGAAAACCGGGAAGCACGGGGAUAGCAAGGCGAAGAAAAUUCUGGACGCUUUACCGGAUCACCACCGCGACACGCUCCUUCACCCGGGACUCCACACCGCGCCCCCCAUGAAACCCCCGAAGAAGAAGAAACGAAGGAGCGAGUCUAGCCUGUCCGCGGAUGGAGGUGGGUCCUCUUCUUCGCCUGGAAACCAGCAAGGGCAAGGCGGCGGUGGUAUUAUGGCGCAGUUGGGUUUGCCGAACGAGGUGCAGGGCUUCGUCAACGAUUUACUGCAACUCGCGCCGUGCGACGCUUGCGAAGACCCGGCUACGGUAAGAGCCGCGGUGGAUGUUGACGACGCGGAUGAGGAGACGAAAUCGGGCUUGAUGCCACAGCUACAACUACAGCAGCUGCAAACUGCAAGCGAGCACCACGUUCACCAUUUAACCGAUCCGGAUGUGAAGCACAUGACGGAAGCGGAGCUGGCGCAAAUCAUGGGCGUGUAUGGUGCCGUAUCAAAUGUAAAAAUGUCUGGGUCUGGACGGUUGGAACUUGUCAUGGUAAAUCUGAAGCAUGCAAAAAUCUGUGUUGCAUGAGUGCCAAAAGCUGUCCACUUGUGACCAAGUUGGAAGGGAGUCUCUCAUGCAGGAUAUGCAUGAUAGGGAUCUCACAGAAUGUCUGUCAUGCUAGGUCUCGCAUUCGAGAUCUCAUGGGUCAUGAAAAAUCUGCAUGACAAGUUUACACUUUUCCAGACCCAGACAUAUUUGCAUUUGAUAUGCCGAAGCGCUCCAUGACUCCCGCAACUGGCACGCGACGCCGCGGAAGGAGUCUAAGGAAUUACCCGCGCACUACACAUAUCCUGUGCAAAAGUAUCGUACUCGUACAAAUGCAAGUCUUGCAUUACAAAUCUUGUCUCCAAGGCAAAUCUGCAUUACAAAUUCUAUUUCUCAUGCUGGGGAAAUUUGUAAUGCAUUUGUACGAGUGCGAUACUUUUCCUUUUGCAAUGCAUAACACAAAUCCUCCGGCACCACCAACGCUAGACAUGCUGAACUACGCGGAUCCGCCCAGCGAACAGCCGUUGGAGAUCAUUGUGCCGGAAGAUUUGCUAUGCAAUGCAAAAGCAUCGUACUAGUAGUAAUUGCAUUACAAAUUACUUCAGCAUGACAAAUGAAAUUUGUCAUGCUGUUUUACCUUGGGAUGUAGAUUUGUAAUUCAUAAUUGCAAUUACUACGAGCACGAUACUUUUGCACAGGAUAUUCGCCCACGAUGGACGACUACAUGCGAGAAAGGACGCACGACAUGCUGGAUCAGCUGAACCGCGAGGUGGUGACCACGCUCCGCGGCAACCACUUCCAGUUCAAAUCCGACACCUCGCCCCCGGUAUCGCCUUCUGCGAACCUGACUACUGCGCUAACCGCCCCGACUUCCCCGCUAGCGGGGAUGUUGCUCACCGGGUUGCGGAAACCUGUUCCGCUGAAUAUCAACACAACAUCUUCGGCGGUUUUGGAUUUGGAGAAAUUGUUGCAGGAAUCGGAUUUGAUCGAAAGGGCCUACGAAAUUUCGCAGAAGUUGAAGCAACUUCGAUCCCCUACCAACGUGGAAAUCGUGCACAAGCGAUCGCGGUCCGCAAGUCCGGCAGGUCUUUUGGGUGGAGCUGCAGGGGGAAGCGCGAGGACCACGCCACGGGAGCAGCUUUUGCGUGCUGCGCCAGAGGUCGGGGUUUCGUCCCUGUCCCCGCCGGUGCUGUUGCGAGGAGUGGGAGUUGGGGGUGGGCUCGGCACCAGGCUGCAUCGGAGCAACAGUCCUCCGGGGAUGGUGAACAUGAUGGGCGGGGGUCUUAACGCAGUAGUACAACAGCUUCCGUCCUCUACGACGCUGCGCGGCAACACGCUGACCCUUCCGUCCAACGUACUGGAAAAAGCUAUUGCGGAGCAGCGGGAGCGCUUCUCCGCUUUGCAGCGGAAGCUACUUCUGGAACACGAGGCCCUGCAAGCGGCGUUGCAGGUGAGAACGAAGAGCUCGGAACUCCUGCUGCGCCCAUCAAAAACUAGAACUGCUGCUACAGUUACAGCAGCAGCCUCGUCGUCGCCGACAAAUCUGACAUCAUCAUCUUCCGCGGCUCGGCUAAAUACUGCACAACUCCCCCUCCCCAUAGAAACCAACGCCAUUCGCAACCGGAAGUACGGUCCACGUUACCUCUUCGCCGAGCAGGCGGCCUCGAGAAAAGAUUUCCUUGAUUUCCAGCGGCGACAGAUGAUCGCACAGGAAAAGCGACUACUCACGGCAUCUUCAAAUAUGAACUCGCCAAGCAGUAGAAAUGGUGACAGGGAGCGUCUGAAGCUGGAACUGGAAAUGCUAGAACUGGAAAAGGAAUACGACAGCGCAUUCUACCCUCUCGGAGAUGGUGGACGAGACAGCACUUCUUAUGACUUCGACCCGGCGGCCCGACCACCACGCAGCAGAACAUCAACUACAACAGGAGCAGGCCGUCGUGGUGCCUCCCCCGCCCCCUACGCACACCGGUCGCCGGAUAACGAGCGCAUGCGGAAUCUGCGCGUCGGCUCGCCCGCGUUGUUAUCAAAUGUAAAAAUGUCUGGGUCUGGAAGAAUCCGGCUUGUCAUGCUGAUUUUGGAUUCUAAAAAAAUCUGUAUUGCAUGAGUACCAAAAGAAAGGCAGUUUUUGCUACGCUGAGAAGGCAUUUGUCAUGCGGAAUACGCAUCAAGAAGCCCUCAAAAAAUCUUUAUUGCUAGGGGAUGCAUCACAGACAUCAUGGCUCAUGCAAAACGUGCGUGACAAGUGUCAGAAUCUUCCAGACCCAGACAUUUUUACAUUUGAUAGUUGUUGCUGGACCUGACUGACCACAAGAUGCGGCAGAUGCAGAAUAUCCCGUGCAAAAGUAUCGUAUUCGUAUUGCAAUCAUGCAUUACAACUCUUUUUCUCAAGUUAAAUCAGCAUUACAAAUUUUAUUUCUCAUGCUGAGGAAAUUUGUAAUGCAUUUCUACGAGUACGAUACUUUUGCAGUUCAUACAGAAAACGGCAGUGCAAUUCCAGCAGGAGUUGGAGAAGUACAACUCGCCGACGGUCAAAGAAGCCUUCACCGCGGAGCACCAGCGGCUUCUGCAAGCCGGAGCUUUGACGAGUCAAAUCAACGACAGUGGGAGAGGGAGAAGUAGUCGCAGCAGGAGCCCUUUGGUAGUUGUACCUACAGCUGGAGCUGCAGCUGCUGGGGUCGGGCGUUCUAUAACUUCGGGUAUGCCGGGAGCGCAUUCCUCAACCCUGAGAGCAGCGAUGACGACGACGACGACAACAAGCAAGCUUUCCCACAAGAACAGCGCUGCUUCACCCUCACCCAGCCGCGACGCCACGCUGAUUGCCAAGUUUCAAACCGAACAGAUUUUGUUGCGAGAGCUGGAGAAAGUGCGCGUCCGCAGCAGUGAGCAAAAGCAAAAGGUUGUGGUUAAGGGUGGAGAUAAUGAUAAAGGAGGCGAAAAUAUUGGAAAACCCGAUGAGGCAGUAGAAGAUGAAGACUCUCCCGCAGUAGAUAUCACAGCGAAAAGUGUUAACGUUAACGGAAUUUGGCAUGCAGGAAUGCACGAUAAACGAUGACCAAAUUUGUAUUGCAUAGCAUACACGAUAGCGAAAAUCUGUCAUGCAUGAGUGCAAUGCCCCAAAACCGUUUAACGUUAACACUUUUUUGCUUGAUAGCAGAAGUCCCUACCGCGGCUGAGAUUCUCGGCGCCGCGGCGGCGGCGGCUGUGGAAGCGACAGCGACUACAGGUGGACGAGCAGCGCUGAAUUACAACAACCUUGUGCAGCUGUCGAAAGGAAGUACAACUUCCGCGGCGAGUCGGGCUGCUCUGAUGUCCUCUGCAAAGCAGAGCAAGAACAAUAACAUCCUGAUCAACGAUGAGUUUCUACUACAGCUUCCCACCACCACCAACGAGCCCUUGUCAGGUCUCUCGCUGGACGAGCGGUUUCACAAUGCGCAAGUGCUAUCACCGGAUUUGGCAGUGCCGAUGCCGCAGCGGCCCAUCCCGAAACGGGAGGUCGACGCGGCCUUUUCGCCCGAGGCUAUCCAACGGGAGUUGGACAACGCCGGAGCGGCGCGGGCCCAAGCUGGGGCGCCGGCAGCCGCGGUGUCGAAAAAAGCCUCGCCGAAGCCGGCUGUGCAGAAGAAAUCCGCGGUAGUAGUUUCAGCGCCGGAACUACCAAAAUCGCAGGCGGAGAUGGAGCGCGCGAAGGCCCGCGAGGACCGGAAAUCGCGGGCGAGCGACCGUCUGGCCCCAACCGAGAUGAAAAUAAAGGGAGCUAAGUAGUAAAGAGGUACUCAUCAAAGUGUAGUUCUUGGUGGCGCAGCAGCCACACUCACUGUAAGUACCUUUACCUUUAGAAAAAUUAGGGCCUGUUUAGAUCGUUGCACUUCUCCGUGAAGGAGUGAAACGAGUUUUUUUCAACAUAAUGUUUUUGUUUACAGAGUCGUACUAUGUUAAGUGCUACCUUUUUGUCUUACAACGCAUUUUGUCUGUACUGGCAAGCCUCGCGUUCCGCGUGUGUGCGAGCUCAGGUUCAGCAAAAGCCUGAUGCUAUUUAUUUUCAUAUUGUGCUAGACAUUCAUAGCUGCGUUUUUGAUGACAGACUGACUCUGACAAAAAGACAAAAGAAGCCACGUGAGUAGUUGUACAUCGUAAUCAUACAAUCUCAAAAUCAAAUGCAGCUAUCUCUUCUGCAUCAGCUGCUCGGUAUUAUCCUGAUCCCCUCACUUAAUACGCUUUUCCUUUUGUACAUUAUUCUUGCUACCUCCACAUGCACAUUGUAUGUAUUGCCCAACUCUACCAAAGAAGAACGCUAAAGCAGCUUUGCCACGUUCGGGCACGUUCUCUUUAUAUUUUGCAAUUUUGUUCGACUUCGAUCUUCCCCAAGCCGCAUUUCGUUGAGCGACCAAAA